CCGGCUGGUCGCGGUCGCGGCGCCUGCCGACUCCGGGCAGCCGGGCCCCGAAGGAACGAGCCGCGCAGCGACGCGGCGCGAUCUGGCCCAGCCAUGGACCGGAAGGUGGCCCGAGAAUUCCGGCACAAGGUUGAUUUUCUGAUUGAAAAUGAUGCAGAGAAGGACUAUCUCUAUGACGUGCUACGGAUGUACCACCAGACCAUGGACGUGGUCGUGCUUGUGGGAGACCUGAAGCUGGUCAUCAAUGAGCCCAGCCGCCUGCCCCUGUUUGAUGCCAUCAGGCCUCUGAUCCCACUGAAGCACCAGGUGGAAUACGACCAACUGACACCCCGGCGCUCCAGGAAGCUGAAGGAGGUGCGCCUGGACCGUCUGCACCCGGAAGGCCUCGGCCUCAGCGUGCGUGGCGGCCUUGAGUUCGGCUGUGGGCUCUUCAUCUCCCACCUCAUCAAAGGGGGUCAGGCAGACAGCGUCGGGCUCCAGGUCGGGGACGAGAUCGUCCGGAUCAACGGGUAUUCCAUCUCCUCCUGCACCCACGAGGAGGUCAUCAACCUCAUCCGCACCAAGAAGACUGUGUCCAUCAAAGUGAGACACAUCGGCCUGAUCCCCGUGAAGAGCUCUCCCGACGAGCCUCUCAAGUGGCAGUAUGUGGAUCAGUUUGUGUCGGAAUCUGGGGGCGGGUGGAGCAGCCUGGGCUCCCCCGGCAGUCGGGACAACAAGGAGAAGAAGGUCUUCAUCAGCCUGGUGGGCUCGCGGGGCCUUGGCUGCAGCAUUUCCAGCGGCCCUGUCCAGAAACCUGGCAUCUUCAUCAGCCAGGUGAAGCCCGGCUCCCUGUCUGCUGAGGUGGGGUUGGAGAUAGGGGAUCAGAUUGUCGAAGUCAAUGGCAUCGACUUCUCCAGCCUGGACCACAAGGAGGCCGUGAACAUCCUGAAGAGCAGCCGCAGCCUCACCAUCUCCAUCGUAGCUGGAGCUGGCCGGGAGCUGUUCAUGACAGACCGGGAGCGGCUGGCAGAGGUGCGACAGCGUGAACUGCAACGGCAGGAGCUUCUGAUGCAGAAGCGGCUGGCGAUGGAGUCCAACAAGAUCCUCCAGGAGCAGCAGGAGAUGGAGCGCCAAAGGAGAAAGGAAAUUGCCCAGAAGGCAGCAGAGGAAAAUGAGAGAUACCGGAAGGAGAUGGAACAGAUCGCGGAGGAGGAAGAGAAGUUUAAGAAGCAGUGGGAAGAAGACUGGGGCUCUAAGGAACAGCUGCUCUCGCCUAAAACCAUCACCGCCGAGGUGCACCCAGUGCCCCUUCGCAAGCCCAAGUAUGAUCAGGGAGUGGAGCCCGAGCUUGAGCCAGCAGACGACCCGGAUGGAGGCACGGAGGAGCGGGGAGAGCAGAAAGGAAAAGAUAAGAAGAAAGCCAAGUAUGACAGCCUGCAGGAGUUGAGAAAGAAUAAGAAGGAACUGGAGUUUGAACAAAAGCUUUACAAAGAGAAAGAGGAAAUGCUGGAAAAGGAAAAGCAACUGAAGAUCAACCGGCUGGCCCAGGAGGUGUCCGAGACAGAGCGGGAAGACCUUGAGGAGUCGGAAAAGAUUCAGUAUUGGGUGGAGAGGCUCUGUCAGACGCGCCUCGAGCAGAUUUCCUCUGCCGAUAAUGAGAUUUCAGAGAUGACCACAGGGCCCCCGCCUCCCCCGCCUUCUGUGUCUCCCCUGGUCCCACCCCUGAGACGCUUCGCAGGCGGGCUGCACCUGCACACCACUGACCUGGAUGACAUCCCCUUGGACAUGUUCUACUAUCCCCCCAAGACUCCCUCUGCCUUGCCUGUGAUGCCCCACCCUCCACCCUCCAACCCACCCCCCAAGGUCCCGGCACCCCCUGUCCUUCCCUCUUCAGGCCGCGUGAGCGCCUCGUCCUCGCCCUGGGUGCAGCGCACUCCACCCCCUAUCCCCAUCCCUCCCCCUCCAUCUAUUCCCACCCAAGACCUCACUCCUACCCGCCCACUGCCCUCGGCCCUGGAAGAGGCACUGGGCAGCCACCCCUUCCGCACUGGGGAUACAGGCAAUCCAACAGAGGACUGGGAGCCCAAGAACCACAGUGGGAAGCCCACCAGCUCCCCCAUCCCUGGACGGAGCUUCCCACUCCCGGCAAAGACAUUUUGCCCAAGCCCACAGCCUGCACGAGGCCCUGGCGUGUCCACCAUCUCCAAACCUGUCAUGGUCCACCAGGAGUCCAACUUCAUCUACAGGCCAGCCGUGAAAUCCGAGGUCCUGCCGCAGGAGAUGUUGAAGAGGAUGGUGGUUUAUCAGACAGCGUUCAGACAAGAUUUCCGGAAAUAUGAGGAAAGCUUCGACCCCUAUUCCAUGUUCACCCCCGAGCAGAUCAUAGGGAAGGAUGUCCGGCUCCUACGCAUCAAGAAGGAAGGAUCCUUAGACCUGGCCCUGGAAGGUGGUGUGGACUCCCCGAUCGGGAAGGUGGUCGUCUCAGCUGUUUACGAGGGGGGAGCCGCUGAGCGGCACGGUGGCGUUGUGAAAGGGGACGAGGUCAUGGCAAUCAACGGCAAGACUGUGACCGACUACACCCUGGCCGAGGCUGAAGCCGCCCUGCAGAAGGCCUGGAAUCAGGGAGACUGGAUCGACCUUGUGGUCGCUGUCUGUCCCCCCAAGGAGUACGACGAUGAGCUGACCUUCUUCUGAAGUCCAGAAGGAGAAACCAAAUUCACACCUAGACGCCAGUGAGCUCUGGACCCACCCUCCUGGACACAAAGCCUGGAACCAGCCUUGAGAGACACUAGCCUGCAGGCACCUGGAAACCCAC